CAGUUUCCACGAAGUGGUUUUAAAUUGAGGCACAGUUUGCUCUCAGUUGGUUUUAAACCCUCAAUCUCGACAGACUAACAGAUUUUCAUCGGUAAAGAAACACCAAAAUCUUGAAGAUGGUUAAGCUGCUAUUAGUUCUGUUUGUAACGUGUGCCUACUCCCUACCUAAACCAGAUGCCCAGGGUGAGGAAGAGUAUGUUGCAUCUGAAACUGCCCAGCAGGUUGGAGAAACCCUAAAUAAACUACCAUCUAUACUCAGUAAGACUGCAGAAUGGAUCCGUGAGCUGGCUAAUAUUGGAGAUGAGGUUCAUCCAUCUGUUGGAUCUGUUAUCAGAGAUGGAGCUGAUUCGGUUAAGAUUGCCUCUGACAAUGUACCAGAAGAUCUAGAUGUUAAAGUUCAAACCCAUCUUAGACAUCUUAUUGAUAUUGCCAAGAAGAUUCAGGUUGAGGUUAAGACCGGAUUGACUAAGGUUCCUGAGUUAAAGGAUAAUCUUAAUGGAACACUAAUAGAGUCUUACGUAGAAGAUGUGGUUGAUAGUGUUCCAUCUGCUGAGGAGGUUGAUGCUAGAAUAUCUGAUGCUAUCAACUAUUUGGAGCCACUUGCAGAGGCCCUGGCGGUACAGAACUCCAAUACUACAACAGUGGCUUGAUUCGUGUACGCUGUAUAGCUUUACAGUGUUUUCAUGUACAGUCAACUUUUAUGUACACUGUACCCAAUUCUGUACCCUAAAGAAGGGGCCGCAUUAUUUUACAAUGGUUUCAAAUUUUCAUGUAUUCAAAUUUUGUAAUUAAUCAAUAAAUCAAAUAAAUGAGGUAAAAAUUAAUAAACUUAAUACGGACUUU